GAGCGCGUCCCGCAGCCGGCUGGUCCCCGUCGCGGCCCGGGUGCUCGACCCGGCCCGCCCGCCCGGUGCGGAGAUAGCCAUGGCGGCCACUGACCUAGAGCGCUUCUCGAAUGCAGAGCCAGAGCCCCGGAGCCUCUCCCUUGGUGGCCACGUGGGCUUCGAUAGCCUCCCGGACCAGCUCGUCAGCAAGUCAGUCACACAGGGCUUCAGCUUUAAUAUCCUCUGCGUGGGGGAGACUGGCAUUGGCAAGUCCACGCUGAUGAAUACGCUCUUCAACACGACCUUCGAGACAGAGGAAGCCAGUCAUCAUGAGGAGUGUGUGCGCCUGCGGCCCCAGACCUACGACCUCCAAGAGAGCAACGUGCACCUCAAGCUGACCAUCGUGGAUGCUGUGGGCUUCGGGGAUCAGAUCAAUAAGGAUGAGAGUUACAGGCCCAUAGUUGACUACAUCGACGCGCAGUUUGAAAACUACCUGCAGGAGGAGCUGAAGAUCCGCCGCUCACUCUUCGACUACCACGACACGAGGGUCCACGUCUGCCUCUACUUUAUCACGCCCACUGGGCACUCCCUCAAGUCCCUGGAUCUGGUGACCAUGAAGAAACUAGACAGCAAGGUGAACAUUAUUCCCAUCAUUGCUAAGGCUGACACCAUCUCCAAGAGUGAGCUCCACAAGUUCAAGAUCAAGAUCAUGGGCGAGCUGGUCAGCAAUGGGGUUCAGAUCUACCAGUUUCCCACUGAUGAUGAGGCUGUUGCCGAGAUUAACGCAGUCAUGAACGCGCACUUGCCCUUCGCUGUGGUAGGCAGCACCGAGGAGGUGAAGGUGGGGAACAAGCUGGUCCGAGCACGGCAGUACCCAUGGGGAGUGGUGCAGGUGGAGAAUGAGAACCACUGUGACUUUGUGAAGCUCCGGGAGAUGUUGAUUAGAGUGAACAUGGAGGACCUCCGAGAACAGACCCACAGUCGGCACUACGAGCUGUACCGGCGCUGCAAGCUGGAGGAGAUGGGCUUCCAGGACAGCGAUGGUGACAGCCAGCCCUUCAGUCUGCAGGAGACUUAUGAGGCCAAGCGCAAGGAGUUCCUGAGUGAGCUGCAGAGGAAGGAGGAAGAGAUGAGGCAGAUGUUCGUCAACAAAGUGAAGGAGACAGAGCUGGAGCUGAAGGAGAAGGAGAGGGAGCUGCACGAGAAGUUUGAGCACCUCAAGCGGGUCCACCAGGAGGAGAAGCGCAAGGUGGAGGAGAAGCGCAGGGAGCUGGAGGAGGAGACUAGCGCCUUCAACCGCAGAAAGGCCGCGGUGGAGGCCCUGCAGUCCCAGGCCUUGCACGCCACCUCGCAGCAGCCUCUGAGGAAGGACAAGGACAAGAAGAAUUAACGCACGCACAGACUUACAUGUCAAGAGCGGACUUUAGACUUUCAUGUGUUAAGUUGCUUGAGUUACACCUUGUGACCCUUCUUCUCCCAUAACAUGGUGUGAGGACGGACUGGGAGCCGGUACAGACUCCAGUGUUUACAGCCUUGCUUUGUCCCCUACCCCCACCCCCAGGCUGCCCUGGGCCUGGUGGGCCACCCUCUCUAUGCAAACACGUCAAAGCCAUGAAUGCUGGAAUCCAAAACUGACAAGGUUUAUUUUUUUCAGAGCCAGUGGCUGGUCUUCCAUUUACAGUGUCACUAUUCCUUGACGGAGCAGUUAUGUGCUGUUCUAGCGAAGGCCCCAGCUGGCGAUGCUCGGCCUAAUUGUUCAGCGUCAAGAUGGCAACUCACGCGGUGCCCUAGGUGUGGCCGCGUGGUCUGGUAUACAUGCUGCAAAAUUCGCUCGAUUCCCCCUCAGUUUAAUUUUUCUAACCUAGAGCUUAAUUUCAAUAAUAACUUUUAAGAUACUUCUAAAUUUUUAUUUUGGCACAAGCGUAAAGACAAAUAAUAUCCUCUCCCGUUAUUUUCAUAAGUAACCCAGAUUCCCUCAUUUUUUAAAAACUAAAAAUAUCUCUAAACCUUUCUUAUGUAUAAAGUAUCCCUAUAAUAUUUAGGGAGAGGUGGGUAAUAAACAUCCUGUGAUGAC